UGCAGCCAACUUAUAGAACCAGUGGGGCUUAUGGUAGUGGCAGCUGUAUCGAAUAGCAGAAGCAGAAAAAGAAGAAGCGGUUUGUUGUGAGAGUGGUGCAGGGUUGUGUUAUGGUGGCUGGUGUUGGUGGCACCAUAAGCAGCCGUCGCAGCAGCAGCAGCAGCAGCAGUAGCAGGAGUAGCGAUGUGUGUUGUUGUCAACUAUUGUAAGAAGUCCCCCUCUUUCUUACUAGCCGUGGCGGUGGUGCGCUGCUGCGGUCCUAAUCGGCGCCGUCUCGUUAUUGCAUCGCAGCUACCAGUAGUGGCUGGAGCGGUGGUGCUGAGACUAUCGUUGUAGAGUGGCGCUGCUGCUGCUACAGCAACAGUCGUGGUGGCAGCAGUACGAAGACAACGACGAUAGCCUCGGUGCUGCUGCCAAUUGCUGUAGUUUCGAUUGUCUGGCGGUGACACGGUGCGACAGGCUCGCCGUGGCAGCACCGGCGAAUAGCGAGAGCACCUCUGGUGAAGUUUUACGACGAGACAAAGGAGACGUUGCCGAUAACGAGUGAAGUGUUAGCAAGGUUUUCGCUGCAAGGAGUAGCUAGUGAAAAGCUCGCGGGCUGGCUAUGUUGCUGGUGAAACGAAACUUGAUUUAGAGAAGCAACGCUACGCAAUAAUGACGAUCAAAUAUAUGUUUUGAAUAGAAACUGAAUGACUGUUCAACGAUCCCGUGGACAGAUACACUGGAUACGGAGUACCGGAUACAGGCGAGCGUUUGUACCUGUUGUCCGUAUCGUGACAGUGUGCUUGUUGUCCUUCUGUGCCAGCUAGUUCAACACUGUAAGAAGAAAAGCAAAAGAAAAAGAACAACAACAACAACAAAGAGAGGAGAGGGGCAUGUGACGACGACGGGGCAUUGGCCGCUGUCACCGGCAGCUUACUAUUUAGUUCAGUGACGGUGUCUCUUGCGGUGUCCGCAGCGACUGAUGCUGCUGCUGCUAAUGCCGUAAUGGUGUGAUACUUGUCUAUUUCAUUCAUUUGCCGGUUAGUCAGCCUUUCUGUAAUCCCAUUGUAUUUACUCGCUACUGUUAACACACAGCGACAAAUGACUGCUGAGUAAGUUUCAUCGUCCAGUUGUCUGUUAGGUCAGACUGAUUCAGUUGGCCAGUUACCGUCCCAGUGAACCUGCGAGCAAGCGAGCGACGCGCCUACUCAGCGAGCUAAACCUGGCACGUAACACAUGAUUUGAGCUAGGACAUCGUUCUAAUACAGAAACAGAACGAGUGAAUACACAAUUAUAAAAAACGAACAAUAGCCCUGGUAGCUCUCGUCCACUGGAGACGGUGCUGUGAUGCCAAAAAGAGAUAACAGAGAGAACAUUUAAAAGGACAGGAUCUUCGAAACAAGGAAAACGUGUCUUUGACGAAAAUCACUGCAAAGGAUAAUUGGUUGCGCGGUCUUUUAGUGUCAGUCGAACGUUGCUCGUGCGUCCGGAGUUACCGACGUUGAGGCGGCGAAGACAGCAGCAGCGACGGCGGCGGCGCCGGCAGCACCAGUUAGCAUCGGCGUGGUCGUAUGAAGGGAACGCCGAACGGCCCAGUCAAAAAUAUCAAUCCGAGGGAGUGAACGUUCAGACUACGGCGAUUCUUGGUGCCUUUGUCGAGUGUGUUUAUUCUGCUGUGGUCAAGGUGGUAUUAUGUCCACUUGACGGUAAUCUAAAAUCCUACGAGCAGUCGAAGCCCACUUGUGGCGUGUGCACUCCACAGAAAAAGAAAUAGAAAAACUGCUUAUAUAAGUUAUCUUUAAAAGUCGCUCGCUGGACAUAAGUAACUGAAUGUUUUGGUCUUCUCGUCACAAGCACUCGUAAUCGACAUCGUCCGCACUCGCUAGCUGACACGAAAACACGGUGCCAGCUGAUCCCCGGAGGCGACAAGAUGACACCCUCCAGCUAUCCCAUUUAACCCCAGCUCCGUUAGCCUUUUCGCGUUUCGUGCAGUUGGGAGGUGAUACGCACAGCAAUCUUGGGAAAAUGUCCUCCUGCGUGAUUGUGAUUCGCAAAACGAGUUUAUUCAUUCAAGAGCAAAAUUCAUCGACAAGAUAGCGGAGGUCCAUUUCGGUAUCUUCUACAGCUAAAGUUGAUUACUGUUAUUACUGUUGUUGUUGUUGUCGUUGUCAUUGUCAUUGUUGUUGUUGUUGUUGUUUGUAGUGGGUGGUGGCACAGAGAGAGAGGGCAAUCGUGGGGUAACAACAAACAGCCAGUAAUACCACGUACAGCCAGCACGGGAUAGGCGGGUCCCUCUAAUUGGUUUUCACACGGGUGCCCCGCAUUUUAACUGCGCUUGUCUCACAGUGGUGCCGCAUUGUGCAGAGCCAACAACGAGCGAGAUAGAGAGAGAAAAAGUAUCAUACAUAUUCAUCGAGAGAGACAUAACGCAUUGUACUAUAAUGUAAAAAGAAGCAAAAUAAUGCCUACUAAACAACCUCUAUACUGUUUUAUAAAAACUGUGUGUAUUUUUGACGGAGUCUAAUCUUCGUUGCUUGACGAGGUACUAGCAACGGUUUAAAUCUUCUUCAAAAACUACCUCUGAGCCAUCAGUCGGCUAUAUCAUACGGCGUUUGUUACCUCAGCCGUCAAAAAUUUUACGGAACUUGGAAUGAGAUCAUCAUAUCUUUUAGCAGUCGAUUUUCACUUUCCAAUCAGCUUGCUUGGCUAUUCGCCUUUCAAUGGACCGUUCGCCGCCGUAGUUUCGUGCAAAACAAUUCUACCCUUUUCGAUUUUGGCGGAUUUUUAAACGAAACCCCGUGCGUCGCCUUCGUGCAUGCGGCGUUCGUGCUACGGUUACACUACUGCGACUUAUAGUUACACUUUAAAGGCUACAACCAUAAUAAUCGAUGGCGUUGCUUUAGUAGCCUAUUAUUGUUUUCCUUUUCGUCAUCAUCGCUGCUGCUAUUGUGGCCGUCUUUAAGGCGGCUCGGCGCCAUUCCUGGGCUCUUUUACGGCAGACGGCGCCGCCGCCGGAUUCGGUGGUGGGAACAGCCAGCGAAACAGUGAUCCGAGUGGCCAGAUCCACCGCGGCCGCCCUUGUCGUGGUCGAAGUUCCCUGUCGUCGUAGGGUCGUCGCAGCGGCCGAUAAAGGUAUCAGUUAAGCUGGAGUUGGAACUGCUGCCGGUGCCGUUGUUGACGCGGGCCGUCUGCCGUAGCCAGACGUGCUCGACGCAAUCACCAGCAAGAGCGGAGCCAUGUUCCGAUGUAUGCCGCCUAUCUUUCGCGGGUCAAACCGCCGCGUCGAAUGUGUCGACAAGCGUCACAGCAAUCUUAUGAAUGUGCCCGAGGAUAUUGGACGAUUCCGAAGUCUCGAGCAGCUCAUGCUUGACUCGAACCACAUCCGCGAAUUGCCCAAGCAUUUAUUUCGACUUCAGAAGCUACGGAGCUUUUCAGCCUCAGACAACGAGAUUCAAGAGAUUCCACAAGACAUCGGGAACUGGCAGCUGUUGCAAGAACUUGAUCUCUCAAAAAAUGAUAUUCAAGAUAUCCCAGAAGGUCUUCGGCAUCUAAAAAAUCUCCAAUUGCUUGACCUAAGUCAAAACUGUUUGUAUCGUACGCCGGACUUCAUUGUCGAAUUGAAGAACCUUACGGCGCUGUACCUGAACGAUGCGGCUUUAGCCUCUCUUCCGGUCGCAUUUGGCACGCUGACCUCAUUAAUCAAUCUUGAACUUCGAGACAACCUCCUCAAGAUGCUACCCGACUCAUUCGGACAACUCCUGAGGCUCGAACGACUCGACCUGGGCGGCAACGAAAUCGAAGAAUUGUCGCCGGUGAUUGGUCGCCUUGAAUCAUUGGAAGAGCUAUGGCUCGACUGUAAUUCUCUGACCAGGCUGCCGCCAGAGACGGGCAAACUGCUGCGACUUAAGUGCCUCGAUGUGAGCGAGAACCGACUGGAGGUGCUACCUAAUGAACUGUGCCACCUGAAGAUGUUGUCUGACCUUUUGCUUUCGCAGAACGUACUCAAGAAGUUGCCCAAGGACAUUGGCAAGCUUCGAAAACUCACAAUAUUAAAAGCGGACCAAAACCAGUUAUCCCACUUGCCGGACUCACUGGGUCAGUGCGAGAAUCUUCAGGAGCUGAUCCUCACUGACAACGAGUUGAUGCAAGUGCCUCCGGACAUCGGUAACCUCAGCAGAUUGACCAAUCUUAAUGUCGACCGAAAUCUAGUGCAAAGACUGCCUCCAGAUAUUGGAAAACUGGAGAACCUCACGAUGUUGUCCCUUCGUGAAAAUCGACUCGCAGAGCUUCCGCUAGAAAUCGGAAAUCUUUCCUCACUGCACGUCAUGGACGUUUCCGGCAACCGUUUAAAGAACCUGCCUAUUUCAUUGGCAUCCCUUCGCCUGAAGGCUCUAUGGCUAGCCGAGAAUCAGAGCCAGCCGCUGCUCAAGUUCCAGCAGGAUGUCGACGACGUUACCGGAGAGAAGGUGUUGACGUGUUUUUUGCUACCCCAACAGGACUACAGCGCGGAUGAAGCGUCAUCCGAGCCGUCGGUGAUUACAAAUAAUAACCUCAAGAGUCCUUCAGAUGAACGGCAGAGGGAGAGCCAGGUCAAGUUCUUCGACCCUAAUCAAGAUCCAGCAGCUAAGACGACACAAUUUGUACGACACGACACCCCCCACCCAAGAGAGCUUCGCGCCCGUCACCAGAAGUACAUCAGCCGAGUGCGCGAGGGUAACACAAUGUCACUUGAAAGCAACGAGGACGACGAUGCCGUCACGACGCCCGGAGGCGGCCACAAUGCAGGAAACAACAAAGGCUACGCUGAGAAUAAUAGUGACAAUGAAAGUUUCAAAGACGCACAAUCGACGUUCGAGCAACGGCAAGAACGCGAGGAGUCGAGCAAUGAUUCGGACGAUGAUCGGCCACAGGAGCGGCACGUUGGGUUCACAGGAGAUAUCGAUUCGUCGCCAGAGAGACCGAGAGAUAAACCGGAAAAAGAGGAAGAGGGCUGCGCCUUAAAGCUUCACCGGCGCGACACUCCGCAUCAUCUAAAAAACAAACGGAUUACACAUCAGCAGGGCGCUAAAGGAGCUGCAGUAAAGGAGGCUGACCUAAUCGAUAAGGUCGCGUCUAUUUUAGCCAAGGAGCAGGCUGUUUCGGAGGAGCGUCAGCCAGCACAGCAUCAACGACCAACCACUGUUGCUCCAGAAGUACUCACUCGUCAGCAACAAGCUCCCAGUGGAAACCACCGUCAAGCACAAGGUGGAGGCGUCCAAAAUCCCGCAUUCAACGAUUUUAGCGCCGAACCGAUGUACCUAACGGUGCGCAGAGGGCCCCAGGGCCUGGGCCUUAGCAUCGCCGGUGGACGUAAUUCAACACCUUUUCGAGGCGACGAUGAAGGCAUUUUCAUCUCCAAGGUCACGUCUGGAGGACCUGCGGAGCAGGCUGGACUUCGAAUAGGCGACAAGGUUCUUUCUGUUAAUGAAAGCUCACUCGUUGACGUCGACCACAACGAGGCGGUCGACAUCUUGAAAAAGGCUGGGGCAGUUCUGAAUCUAAGGGUAGAACGGUCUCCUGGCGGUGUUUCCGAGUGGCGUUCGGAAACCACCUCAGUGAUGGAGGAAACUUUCGAGAGUGUCGUCAGCGUGACGUCAACACAGGUGCAACUAGGUGCCGGGUCUGGGACCAAACCCAACGUCAAUCUACUGUUUCGAGACGAUCCUGAUAGCGGUGGGGACCAUCAUGUACAUCACCAGCACAAAGAACAUCAUCGCUUUCAUGAAGAGCGAGAGGAACGGUCGUCAUCAUCAGGCUUGCAUGAGACACACACAGUGCGCGAAUACACUCGUUCACCGCAUAUGACUCGGGCCUAUUCGGAGAGUGGACCCGAGCCGUCGAUGGAGCCUCGGGAGUCCCGCGAAAAUACCGCACCUGAGUGGCGGAGCGCCGAACAACGCCUCAAUUUGACCCAGGAAAUUUUGGCACAGCCGCAGCAGCCGCCUCGUUCGCCGAGCAGUUACGAGAUCAAUGUCGUACACGAAAAGACGCCCACAGGAAACGCACGAGAUCACCACGCAGUUAGAGAAGCUGGCAGUCGGCCUGUCGCUGCGGCGCGCACACGAAGCGAACCCUCAACACCGGUAUUGGGUCUUGGUUUGGGUAGAGAAACGCCAACGAUGGAAAAGAGUGACAUCAUUUUUAGCACGCUAAUCCGAGAUCGUUACGGACUAGGCUUCGAUGUUGAAGAGGUACCGAUGCGAGGGUUCUUGGUGACAUCAAUUGUCGAGGGUGGUCCAGCGUGGCGUGACGGGAAGCUUCGCGAAGGCGAUCGCGUCGUGUCAAUCAAUGGAGUUGACGUCGACGGUCUCGACAUUGAGGCUGUACGCCGAAGGUUGAACGGACUUGAUCGUUUUAUGCGAGUUGUCGUUGAGCGCAUCGGACCCGUUGAUCCUAAUUCAUCGGUGAACACGUCCGGCGUAUACAGUGCUAGCUCGUACAUGGCGAAUCGUCCGUCGUAUCUCGGUUCGUAUCGCAAACGGGCACCGCUAACCACACAGAGUUCGUUGGGGAAUUCGUCGGUGCUAAAUAUGUCGUUUGGUGGAUCCAGUACGGCUUCGCUUCCCAAAUUACCAGGUUUGCGCAACUGGCAGACAGAAAGCUCGAUUACAGUGCCUCCGACGACGGGCGGUCUAUCCCCCACAAAAGGGGCAAUUGUUCCGUCCAGCGGUACCAAACCACCAAUCGCACCUAAGCCUAAUAUUUCUGUGUCCGUGGGCCACAAAACCCACGAGCUGUCGACGGAAUUCCCUGCUCCUCCAAGAUCGCUUGGCAAAACGACGGAAGUAAUUACUCAUUCGACGCUGACUGAGACGACUAUGACCCGAGUCACCAAUAACGUACCCGCGAGCCUGGCCAUCGAGAACGGAAGCUACGAAGAUGUCGUAUUGACGAAAGAAAAUCCAACGCAAAGUUUGGGUUUGAGCAUUGUCGGUGGAUGUGACCAUUUUUGCCAUCCAUUUGGUACAGGCGAGCGCGGUGUAUACGUAUCAAAAAUAGUUCCUGAUUCACUGGCAGCACAAUCGGGUCGUUUGCGUGUUGGUGAUCGCGUCGAAAAAGUUAACGGUACACCAGUUGCCGAUCUCUCGCAUCAGCAGGUCGUACAACUGAUGAUCCAGGCGGGCUCCCAGCUUACGUUGCACGUCUUUCACGAGACCCUUCCCAAGGGCUGGCAAGAGCUGACACUGACACGACGUCCGGGCGAAAAGCUGGGGAUGAACAUCAAAGGCGGCACGGGAGUAACUGGCUCGUGUGGUAACCCAUUCGACCCACAAGACGAAAGCGUCUUUGUGUCGAAAGUGUCUCCAGAAGGUGCUGUCCAUAGAGAUGGCCGUAUCAAACUGGGCAUGCGAAUCGUCGAGGUCAACGGGCAUUCAUUGCUCGGAGCUUCGCACGAUGAGUCGGUGGACAUCAUUAAGAAAGCGGGUAACAGUAUUAUGUUUAUCGUUUGCGACGGAUACAACAACAUGCCAGGUGCGGCCCUGCACUGCCAGGAUAUCUCUAGCAACGUGUUAGUGACACCCUCUGGCGGAGAGCAAAUGCAGCAAAAAGUUAUGGAAGUUCUAAGGGCGGCUGGCCGGCUAGUGGAUUCUAGCGGAGACGACAUCCCCGAUAAGCCUCUCGACCGCAGCUCAGACAGCGUGUUGAGCACGGGCGCAAAGACUACAACCGUGUUCAUGAGCCGCAAGAGUGUUGUCAAACCCGACGACCCGCCCCGGGAGUCAGGCAUCGCGACAGGUUACGCGACCGAGGAAGUGGUGCCCGAGCAUGCCGAACAUGUGCACAUCAGUUCUACAUCAGAUGACUCCUCAGACUCGUCGGACGUGAGCUCGGAGUCCUCAUCUGGGCCGGGUUCAAGCGACGACAGCGAUGAGCAGUCGCAAGACAGCAUGAACUCGCAGAUCAGAGCACGGACUCCGAGCAGUAGCCAGCAGCGCGAGCCACCAAAGGAGGAAAGCGGGGCAUAGUAGAAGGUCCUUCGAGAAGGGAACACGAAAACGAAAACGAAGUUAAUCGCUUAGCCGUCUCGUUCCUCGUCGUUAAGUGUAAAGAAUGCCAUAGACUAAUGUCGACUUUAUAGCGCGAGUGUGUCCCGUCAGAUAAAUGGGUUUCGUGAAGUACUUCCUACAACAAUAACAACAACAUCGACUAGCCAGAAGUACGCGAGCACGUGCAAAGGACGCUGGCCGCGGCGCCCUUGAACUACCACUGCCCAAAGCUACACAUACAUUUUCUCCUUUUAUCAUCGAUGAUUAAGACUAGCCUUAGAAAAAAAAAAAUAGCGAAAAAACAUUAUCCUCUCGUAGGCUUCUUCUAGUUGUACGCGCGCAAGGGCGCAGAGGACCUCUACGUUCAAAAUCAACUGAUUAAUAACAUCUUCACCAGCGAAAACGGCCGAUGAACAGAUUAUAUGCUUCUACUAUCUAACAAAAUAUAGCCAUUGAGUAGCAUUUCGUUUGUCACAGCGAUCAGCCGGCCGGCCCACCGAAGGCCGUGGCGGACAGAGUUUUAUAUACAUUAUGUAUAAAUAUAUAUACCCGUUUGUAGAUGUGACAGUGUAGACAAGUUGAUUAUGACUGGAAAACUAAUAGACGUCACGCUAUCUGGAUCGUUGAACAUAUUCGUGGUAAGAUGCGUGACUCAUAUAUAGAAGCCUACGAGAGGAUAAUAUAUAUACAUAUAUCAUAGUAGAAAACAUCCGUCACAUCGGAAUGCGGAAAAGAUUUUCGGAUCCCCUAGGCGUUCCCUUGACAAGAGGACAUCCAGCAUAAACUGCACCCAUAUACGACAGUAUUUCGACGGCAUCGCGGUCCGAGUGUAUCUCGGCCCGCCAGGCCUUCGAGAGACGAAACACGGCAGAACUACAUAGGGGCGCAACAGACAAUGGCAAACCAUAGUGAAACAAAUGCAACUCAUUAAGCAAGAGCAGCAACAGCAGCGCAGCAGAUGGACAUAUUGUAGUGCGUCGCAUCUGAUCACCGCUGAUAUUUGUAUUAUAUGAAUGAAUCACAGGAAUAUUGAUCUGUGGUGGCGCGUCGCCACUGUGCCGCGACCGCGGUUGGUAAUUACCGAAUUUCUUACAUGACUUCGGUGUUCUUUUUACUAGUUGAACUUCAUAUUGGCGUGAGCGAUCGCUAUCUGGGCCUGUACUGAAAACUCUGUGGAUUUGUCUUCUAAUCGUUGUGUGUAACAAAAGGCCAAUGACUUUAACGAACAGAGCAGAUCCUCGGCGUGCGGUUGGACGUACGCCGUAAGAUAGGGUGAAUUGCCGACGAUCAUUAAGAGUGGCUUUGGACUAGUACGUGAAUGAUAAGUUGUUGGCCGUCAGCCUACAUAGAACACGGAUCCAGCAGUUAGUUAUAGCAGCUUGAAUUUAUACUUUUAGUUUAUUAGCUUGUGUAUACGGAAGACGGUGGGUUCGAGACCCGAGAUAAUUUUUCAGUGCAAAUAACACGGUCGGCAACUGUUCGCGUGGGAAACGACAGUGCCGUUUCGUGACGGUUUCGACGAGACGCGUAGAUAUCUAUCCCGUUCUAUUAUUACUCUUUGUGAGUAAAAGAAAGCUUUUUGGAUGGACGAAAAAAUGAGGUCCUUGGUCUCGUCAUACGUCAUUAUAUCUAAACGACAAAGCUGUAUUUAUUCAUAGUCGUGGAUGUCGACCAUUCUUUAGAAAGCAAUACGCGUAAAGGGACUUGAUUUCUAGUGACGUUUGCACUUAACAAUCAAUGAAAACGUCGUACAUUCGGGUCUUAGCAAGCAGGUACAGUACAAGUAGCAAGCAGUACAAGCAGGCAGCUGCUUUUCGACGGGCAUCCUCGACACAGCCGUUUAGGGAGGGUAGGCAAGCUGGCAGUACGGACCAGCGAGAAACUAAUCUGUGAACAGCUUUCGUGUAUAUAUAUAUAUAGAUAUAUACUUAGCAAUGAUGACAACAAAAUGUAACUGUAUUUUGUAUUAUUGCUACAUAUUACUACUAAUAUUAAUUUGGGUAUUGUUGCAAGGAUAUAGCUAAUAUAAUAUACUAUUAUUACGGACGUUCGAUAUACUAAAUAGAAUUGUUAUUCCGACAGAAAGCGUAUAAGGUGGGUGCGUGAGCGAAGCGCGAGUACAUUUGUGAUCCUGGUAGAGGAAAAAGGAUAGACCGAAUGCUGAAAACGGAGCAAUCUAUGACGCCGUUAUGGCGAUGGCUUGACGAUCGGUAAAAGUAGUCAGUCAAGUGACGAAAGCGGGAAGACGCCCCAAGAGAAACGCACCACAAACUGAAAGCAUUAUUCAAUAUUUACACAUGUUACUGAGGAUUCUUGAUCAAACGCAGAGACGUAGCGGCAGACUAGAGUCCACUAUUGAUAUACGAUUUGAAAUCUUGCCGCGUUGUCGGGCGAUACCUCUGCUGGCUGACUAACUGCGGAUUCAGUCAGUUUUAACGGUGUAACGGUACGGUUUGGCCUAACGCUUCAGUUAAUCCGCUACGAAUAAAAACAAAAACAAAGUUGUGUUUUUAAAUAUACGAAUAAGUUUUUAAACUGACAAAAAUACCAACAAUCGCAUAUGUAUAUUCACGAUACUUUUCUAUAUUAUCCAAGAGUUUGGUUUGACAGCAUUGUUGACAACAUCGAUACGUCUAUACGACUUCAAUAUAUAGCGGUCAGCUUCAUUUUCUUGCUGUAACCCACAGCUGUACAGGACGGGUCGGCAAAUUCGUUGUACAUCUAUCUAUGCACAUCCAAGACAUAGUCUCAAGACGAUUCAAGAUGCUAUGUAACACUAUCGGCCAAUUACGAGUGCUCACUGUACAUUAAUAUAAUUUUCAGCAAACUGAGAAAAGCACGAGGGGCUAAAUAGUUCAUAACGGGGUUCGUACGGUCGUGCACGACAGAGCUUUUCCUCGAUAGGAUACAAUGCUGAUUUUAGCUUGCCAUGUUAUUGAAAACCCGUGUUGUUGAAGUAUGAAGUCAAUUCAAUAUUUCACUUCUUUGAGAGUACUCUUGAAACUCUUUCCGGACGGGACACAAAACAUUAAGCCAAAAAUAAAUGCAGAAAAUCUAUGAAAACCUGGGUAAUCCUAUACCAUCAUCGAAACAGUAUGCGUUUGCAUACGUCAAUAUUAUAACAGACAGAGUAUGGCGACAGUCAUGUUGGUGAGUCCUAUCCUACCGAUUGAAUUCUAAUGAUUGAUUGAUUGAUAGGAGAAGAGCUUCAGCAUCUCUGCUACGAAGCAACACCUUAAUCAUAUUUAGUAGCACACAAAUGCAACCAUAGAUCGAAGAGGGAUCCAGAUAAAUCAUCUACAACGCAUUAAAACCUCAAUAGAAGGUCGCUUAGAAGGCAUUACGACGAUACGAUUGUGAAGUGCAUAAAUGAGUUAACUUGCCCAUCUGCCUUUGUAAACGCGGAACGGUUCGCUAGAGGAUAAAUAAAAAAGGGAAUUGUUAAUACAGUCUGAAAAAUUGCUGAGAAAUUGUUGCGCCAAAAAUACACCAAUAAUAUGGCGACUGCUGCUGCAGCUGCUGCUGCUGCUACUGCUGCUGUUGUUGCUAUUACAAAGGUGAAGGAUGAGGAGAA